GAAGUGAAUGCUCAACAGCCAGUUGUAGGCGAUACAUUGCUUGAAAAAGUCGCUUGGUGUAGCGUAAAUGAAAUAAUUAAAUAAAAAAGUGUAGAAAAAGCAAUUUAAAAACUAUUUUUUUGUUUUUGUUCAUUAAACACAUUAAAAUGUCCGACAGCGCUGAAACACAAACAAUACGCAACUAUUACAAUGUCGCUUUGGAAUUGGUAAUGAAAUGCGGCCCGGUCGCUUGUGAAGGUUACGAGCAGGCCAAUCCUGAAUUUAAAACCAAAACAGCAUUCUAUGAUCUGGUAACUGUGUAUGAUAAGAAGGUGGAAGAUCUACUCAUCGCCGGCUUGCAGAAAGCAUUCCCCGAAACGAAAUUCAUCGGUGAGGAGGGUACAGCGGAAAAUAAUAGCGAACCGGUGUUAACAGAUGCGCCCACCUGGAUCAUUGAUCCCAUAGAUGGCACCACCAAUUUUAUACGACGCUUCCCGAAUUGGUGCAUUUCCGUGGGUUUAGCUAUUAAUAAGGAGUUAGUCGUUGGUAUCGUGUAUAUACCAGUGGUGAAUGAGAUGUACUCAGCCUAUAAGGGACAUGGUGCCUAUCUGAAUGGCAAACCCAUCAGCGUGAGCAAGUGUACGAAAAUAAACAAUGCCCUUAUUGGCACAGAAAUGUCACUCAUACAAAGAGCACCAGUACGUGACAAACACGUUAAACGCUUAUGUAAACUGGCUUCCAAUUGCACUGGUUGCCGUGGCAUUGGUAGCGCUGCUGUAAUGCUCUGUUAUGUCGCGCGUGGCAGCAUUGAUUGCUUCGCUGUAGAGGAUCUACAGCCUUGGGAUAUUGCUGGAGGCGCACUAAUAAUACGCGAGGCAGGUGGCAUAGUUUGCCACUCCAAAGGUGGCGAAUUUUCGAUUUUGAAACCGGAUUGUAUUGCCGCAGCGACUCCUGAACUGGCACAAGAUAUUAUUGGUUUGAUCAAUGAAGCUGAUCAGUUGAGGGAAUUUAGUUUUUGAAUAUUAAAAUCUAUUUCUGCAGUUUUUUCAAUGGAAAAUUUUAAAAAUUAUAUUGUUUUCACACCUUAUAUAGCUUUAAAAAUAUGAAAUAAAAUUAAAUAUGAAAAAAAAUACAUUCGAAUCGAUUUUGAAAUUUGUAAUUUUUUAAAAAAUGGCAUAAAUCCGCGUUUUAAUUUUUUUU